GUGGUCGUGUCAGGUUUUUUUUACCAUGAGUCCCUCUGACGACUUCCAGAAUGACGCGAAGCCCCUGUUAAAGAUCUACGAUAACAACUAAAACAAAACAGAACUCGAUGUGCGGUAUCACCCCAAAUUUUUAUACGUUACUAUUGUUGUUGUUGUUUGCUUAUUUGCUUACUUUUUUUCUAAUGCCGAACUCUUACCCCAAUUCUUGUCUUUAUUCAAUGGCGAACUCUCGCCUCAAUUAUUGAAUUCAUUCGAUGUCAAACUCGCGCCCCAACCUAUCUGUUUUUUUUUUAAUCGGUGAACUCUCGCCCUAAUUCUUGUAUUUAUUCAUUUUCUUUAAUGGCGAACUCUAAAUACUAAACUCGGUUACCUCCUCAAAAGGUCGUUCUUUUAUUUGCAUUUCAGUAAUAGACAAAUUAACCUACUCGUCCAAGCACCUUGACAGCCGUAAUAUUUACCAGUGACACCUGUGACGGUGUUACGGGUUAAGGGUUCCGUUGAGAAACCAGAAGUUGAAGUUUGAUUGGAAUUCUAAGAGUCACCUACUGCAACAAGGGAUCACAUGCCCACCCCUGGGUUAUAUUUCACCCCCUGAGCAUAAUUUUCUUUUACUCAAACCUUGCUACAUGAACACAACCUAUCACGGCAGCAAAGAGGAUUUGCUCCCUCCAUACAACAUUCGGGCUUUGAAACUGGCUUGCGCAUGCGUAUUGCAAUUUCAUGUGAUCCCUUGUUGCUGUUGGUGGCUCAAACUCAUCCUGCCGGUAAGUCUCGUUUAAUUUUCUACUUUUGUCCACAGAAUUCCUCUACUGUCGAGGAUAAAUUCGUUUUUACUAGCGAGGAACGAGCAAGGCGUCAUUCUAAGUGUUAACAAUAACUGAUCAAAUAUGAAAGAACUGCGCCCUCGUGGCCGACUUUCAGAAUAUUCAAGUCGGAUUUUUCGUUCCUUUCCGAUCAAGUUAGACGUUCAGGAACUCAAAAUGAAAAGGGAAAAUGCUAUAGAAUACUCUGCUUGGAAGAUAAUGAAUUUGAAAGCGACAGAAUAAGCUUUGAGUCAACGACACUACGAUUUUCUGAAGCGAGGCGUAUUGUGGCCGUAGAAUGAUAACAGAACUUUUGGACUUCAAGCGAGGCCUAGCAACAAUUUGAAGAUUCCAAGGCCCGGUAAAUAUUAUUUUUGAGUAAUGAUAUGUGCAAAAAGUGUUGUUUUAUAGAAGAUUUUUAAUCUAAACGUUGAACUUUCAGAAUUUUCUGCAUAACGCUGCGCAAUAUUGUGGUCGUGAAGGAAAGUAAACAACCAUCUUAGCGUUAUGAAUUCUACUACAUGGCUUUCGUAGUUGGUAGAAACCCGAUCGUUUUUCACCUCUAACAAGAAAUCAAGAACUUUUGUAUGAAGCUUUCAUCCCAAAAUAUUUCUUGGUUACUUUCGUCUUGUUUCAUUUUCAUAUAUUGCACUUGACAUAAGAUCUUCCACGCAUUGAUAAAUUUGCAAAAUACUUUGACCUGUUUGCACGCGUGUGAAAAAUUCACCGAUUUUCAUCUCCCAUUCUCUAUCAUUUUUUCUCCAUUCUUCUUUUCUCCUGUUAACAAUUUCUCCUGUUAACCAUUUCUAUUCUUUACCUUCCAUUUUCUAAAUUCCAUUCUUCAAUUUUCCAUUUUCUAUUCCACCUCCCUAUUAUUCAUUUCCCGUUCCCAAUAUUUCAUUAUCCAUUCUUUGUGUUAGUGAUCGACUUCUACCCUUGCAUCUGUCCGUCGUUACUCAAAAGCCUUGAGUUGUGAAAACCGAAAAUUAACAGGCAGCCUGAAACGAAAAAUUUGCAAUUUUACGCUUUGAAUUACUUUCCGGCUUUUUUUGUAAAAAAAAAUGACUCAGACCAGCUCUCAUUGGCUCAUUUCGCUGUUACAUUUUCUUAGAUUCGGGGCAUUUGGAGAAGUUCAAGUUACAUUCUAUACAACCAUGGGCGCUCCAGAGAGCAAACCAGCGCGCGUACCCAGGACAUUGCACGUAUAUGUGACCAACCAAACCGAAGGUGUCGAACAGAUAUUCAUACGAGUCCAGGGCGACAAACUAACGGAAAGAGAGAUAUAUAAUCAUAUCGUUGGACUUAAAGCUCAAGGACAGGGGGAUCAGAGUGGCGGUAGGGUUGGACAGAAUCACCAUGACAAACACAUGAAAGGGGCGAGGGAGUGGCGAACUUACAACAAUUCGCCCCAAGGUGGUUUCAUCUAUCUUCCCCAUCGCGAGACCAUGCCAUUUCCAGCUGAAAAUGAUGGUCAUAUAAUGUUUGUCUCAGUACACGACGGGAACAAGGUGUGGAGCACAAAUAUGCCCGUGGAUCCUACAAAUUAUGGUUGUAUCACGAUCAAAGGUGACAGAAAGGGAAUUAGCGUGAGCCCAUCCAAUCCCAAGCCCCGCUGGAUCAAAUUUAAAGAAAGAGCUCCUUCAUUUCCCAGAGCCGAUUUGGUUGAGGUUAAUCGUGGACCAGACGAAAACCCUGUUUAUUUUGGCACAAUCUGGAAAAAUAACAUCAUCGAUGAGAUUUGUGAAGUAAGCAAAACUGAUAUAAAAAAAAAUAAUUAUUAUCAAUGGUCAGGUUUUCCAUCCCUUCUUUCCGCAACAGGGUACGAGUGGGUCAAGGUACAACGUGGCAACCUCAUUCCAGUUAACGCAGUCAGUGUCAGCGUCGGGGAUGGCUUUCGUCGGGUAUUUCUCGGGCACGUCAAUGGAGACAGGGCUUGUGGAAUAACAGACGUGGAUCGCAUGCUUGACCAAUUCGUUUCCUUGAAUGAUAAUUCUAAGAUGAAUAACAUCGCCACGUCGGGGGAAGUUCUCUUGUUGACUGCAGAACCAAUGAGCUGAAGCGCUGAAGCGGUCCUGAUUAACAAGUCGAAUGGGACCAUAUAUAUACUUGCCAAUAUUAAAAUUGUUUUCGGGUUUAUCACCUAGAAACGUUUCAAAAGUGCUCCGAUUGAGAUGCUAAGUUCAGCAUCACAAAGUCAAACUAAACAAUUUCUUUCUGUUAUUCUUUUAAGUUUCUUUGUUGUAGCUUGCUCUCUUUGAACACUGCUUCGUUCCAUCGACCGGCCAAUUGUUUUGUUUCCGGCUAACCUUGUCCUAUUUGCUUAAUACGAGGGAAAACAUUGAAAGAAAGAAACAUUAAAAACGGAAACAAAUCACAAACCGGAAUUUGUUGUGACACGUUAACCACUGUAUAGUUGAUUCCCUGCUUUCGAUCGUCAGAGAAUUCUGUUGCUUUGGUUGAUUGGUGAGAUGUUGCAGAUGUAGUUUCUCAGUAUGUCACGAGAACCUAUCGUUCCACAGGAACCUUAUAUCGAAUUGAUUAGUUUAUAAAUUGAUACUUAAAAUAGAGCUAUUGUUAUUUUGAACACAUAAGCAUUGUGUAACUUUGAUAACCACUUUUGAUGUAAAAAGUCCUUGAAAUAAGUAGAGCUGUUCACCAGCAUAUUUCAAAUAAAAGGGCACAGCCUAAAGAUUCUGAGGAGUUUAAAUCAAAAUACUGCCUUCAUAAAGGCCACUCAGUGGUAAAAAGAGAAUCAACUGAACUGAAGUUCAAUUUGCGUUGGGUGUUAAUUCAAACUUUUAUUGUUUGUUCUGCGGUUUUGUUAGAACAACGUAUUUUGUCAUAGCUUACGCAUUUUGUAAUAACGGAGACCGAGAGAUAAUGGGACAACAAGUCUUUCAUGACUCACUCCUGGUGCUGUAUAAUUUAAGAUUGUUCUGGUUACA